AUGUGCAGUAGGAAUGCCAUGGUGGCCGCUUUGCCCCGGCAGGCGCUGCUCCCGGGGCGCCUGCCGUGCUGUGGACCAGGCACCCGGGACCGAGCGGGGCGGAUUCGCGCUCUGACAGUGACCAGCAUGCCGCUCGCGGGCACACAUCUUGAUCGCAAGGACGAGAGCGCCCUCCUUCAAGAGCUCGAAGCUCGUCACCUGGAGUGGCGACACAGCGGGCAGCAGGACGUAUGCUGGUGGAACCCAGACCCGUACUCGAGCACUGAGGGGGGGCGAAAUCAGCAGUACAAGGACCUCAUCAACGACGGCAUCGCCGCAGCUGCCCUGCAGUCCAUGGGCGGCAGCGUCAGAGACGGGGCGCGUGCUCUCGUCCUCGACGGCGAGCAGGCCGGGUCUUCCGCGCGCCUGUGUGCGUCGGGGUUUGCACACGAGAACAUCUUCAUCCCGAACCCCAACACGCACGUCGUGCACGCGCUGCGCACGCGCGUGGGACUGUCCUCGGCAUGGGCCGGCUCGGUGGAGGAGUACCUCGGAGCACGCGACCCCGCGCGUCACCCGCCGUUCGACGUGGUGUUCCUGGACCUGACGUGUUUCGCGCCGAAAGCGAUCGAGGCCGUCCGCUCCGCGAUACACACCGCACGUGCGGUGCGCGUCCCUGGCGGCAUCAUCGCAGUGACGUGCAGCACGCGGCCCGGCGACACGCCGGAGGGCGGGGGCAACGCCGCGGCCGCCCACUCCGUCGUCGCCGCUGCGGUCGCGGCUGCGCGUGAGCGCGGAGGCCGGGUGGUCGGCGCGGGCGUGCGCGGUCUCAGCGACUACGUCAUGCCCCUGGGCCCGUCCGCGGCGCCUGGCGAUCGCGAGUGCAGUGGUUGGACGGUUGCGGAGGCUUUGGCGGCGCAGGACAUGGGAUCGGUGAUUGACGGGUUGCGGCGGUGGGUGGAGCGGCGGGAAGGUGACCCGAGGGCAGCGAAGCUGGUGCGGCAGAUACGGACGGUGCUGGCCUCGCCGGGCGGGCAGGAGCUGAGCGGCGGCGUGCAGGCGGCGGUGUGGGCGCCGGGGGGGAGAGGGUGCGUUGCGGCGAUGGGUCCGCGGAGCGGGUCGCCCGAGGAGGCGCGCGCGGCGAAGGCGCUGUGCUCGCUUGCGCGGGGCGCGGCGGCUUUCGACCGAGGGCCAGGAGGGGGCGCGGGAGAUGAUGUGGCGCAGGGGGCGCGCGGGGGGCACGGCGUGGACGUUCUGGCGGGCUGCGUGCACUUCUACACGGGGCAGAUGAUGACGGUCGUGCUCCGACUGGAAGAUGACGUGUGA